GCUUCAGCAGAGAAGGUCCGGACCACUGAGGUCCAGGUCAUGGUGGUGUCUGCUCAGAAGAACCUGCUGGAGGAGAGACUCAGGCUCGUCACGGAGCUCUGGAAUGCAGGUGUAAAGGCUGAGAUGAUGUACAAGAAGAACCCCAAACUGCUGAGUCAGCUGCAUCACUGUGAGGAGUCUGGGAUCCCACUGGUGGCCAUCCUGGGAGAACAGGAGCUGAAGGAUGGAGUGGUCAAACUGCGUGUGGUGGCCACCAGAGAGGAGGUGGAUGUGCCUCGAGAUGAUGUCAUCAGUGAGAUCAGGAGGAGGACCUCUCAGGCCUGAUCAGAGGACUUGCAGUCAUUAGUGAAGUAUGAUGGACCUGAUUCUGCUGGCAGCCAUGUGGACUGGACCUGGACCGCCUCCCAGAGGAGCUGCUCCUGGUCCACAGCUUCUUUAAACUCAUCAACCCCAUACAUCCAUACGUUCUGUGGUGAACCGGUCCUUCAUUGCAGCUCUCUGUAGUCUGGACGUUUCAUGUGUCCAGGACCAAGCUUCACUUCCUUCACUUCUGUAUGUUUCAAACAAAGAUGCUAACCUGGAAUAAACAAUAAACAUGCUUUGAAACCGUUA